CAGCACUAGAGGCGGAACCUGCAGCAUUAGAAACUGGAGCAGCGGCGGGUACAGGAGCGCUGGUGACGUCUUUCCGUAACGAUGAGCUCGAGGGCGUCCUCAAGAGAGAAGCGGGAGUGCCGCCACCCAACUUGACUCGCUCUGUACUCUUUCGCAGAGUCGGAGUUCCUGAACGGGAAGCGGGCCUUUCGACUUGAGUGCGGGGAGUCGGUUCAGCGCUCUUCUGCGUGAUUUCGUCGAUGAAUGCUAGAACCUCGGCUUCACCACCCUGCGCGCUAGGUUGAGUUGUACCGACGGCAGGGGCCCCGCGAGAGUCGGACGAUGGAGGUGCAAAGUUAUCGAGGUCGUCAAGAAAUGCCAGAGCCUCUUCUUGUUUGGAUUUUGCCUUCGACAUGUUGGAAGUCUUCCUGAGAGUCUGAGCUGAGCCGUGACGAGAUGGUGUGUGUCACGUAUCAGCGCCUGCUUCUCAAAUCUAAAUCUUAUCAAAUAACACAGAGCAACAUGGCGAAAGACACCAAACGGAAACGAGAUGAAUCGGAGGAGGAAGAGGAGGAGGGCUAUGUUGUGGAGGUUAUAACGAAAGCUCGAGUCGUGAAUCCCGGACCUGAUUCACCACACAGGCAAGGCAAUUGGGAAUACUACGUGAAGUGGGUGGGCUAUGACGAAGACGAAGAUUCAUGGGAGCCUGCCGAGAAUGUCGCAGCAUGCCAAAGACUCCUUACGAGCUUCUGGAGCAACGUCGGGACAGAUGACAAUGACUAUCCCGUGGGUUAUGAGGUCGAGGCGAAACCGGCGUGGAUCAGUACGUCGACAACUGCUCAAACCGGCUCUCAGAUGCUGACCAAGGCAGGGAAGGAGCGUAAACGGGCGAAAGAUGAAUUAGCGAAAGAGAAGGAGGAAGCUCGGAGACAGCAGGAAAGAGCUGAGCGAAGGAAGGAGGCAAAGAUCGCGGCACUGAAAGCGGCAAAGACAGAGCGCAAGCGAAAUGGAUCCUCCUCACGGAGCGUAUCUGCGGCAUCUGUCUCCCGGCCUCCCAUAAAGAGCAAAGCUGCAUCGAAGACAGUUGCGGCACCACCCAAGAAAAAGACGAAAAUGCAGGAAUCCUCUUCUGAAACGGAGUCGGAGGAAGAAGUACCUUUGUCCCGAUUCAAAAGUCUCAACCAGAAACUUCGAACAAAGGGAAAGGGAAAGGAAGACAAGAUUCGGACAAGGGCGCGAAAUCCAACGCAAGCACUUCAGCCGCAAAACGGGACGAUACCAGCAAAACUCCGAGAAUUGCCUCCAAUCAAUGCUGCGGCAGCGGCAGCGGCCGCAGAACUGUUCCCACCCAGCCCGCCGGGUUCUCCUCAGAUCAGUCUCAGCGAUCAGAUUGCCAAAGCGAAAAGCCCAAUCCCACCGCCCCAAACUAUGGCUUCAACCCUCAAACAGGCAGAAAAAACCGACAUCAUUGCCCGUUCUCUCUAA